CUCCGACGGCCGUAGUUAUGUAAUCAAAGCAUCAUCUAAAUGCACCAAAAGCCGCGGAUUGCUGCUGGUGCGAAGCGGAGAACAGGACAGCAACACCUUAACCUCCUGCCUGAACGCAGUUGGCUCCGGGACGCGCUCGCGGCCUAAAAGGAGAGAGAGAACCUCACCGGAUGAAGGCUCCCUGCCGCUCGUGGACCGUUAUAGGAUAAUCUUUUCGAGAAUCUCCCGACCCACACCUGCAUUCUGCCCUUCCACCUUGAGGCCGCCAGCUGCGCUAGGCUACUUUAAAAGUGGUGUGGUGGAUACCCCGCAGUAUCCUGCCGCUCCCCCCUGACGUCUCUGAUGGAUCAGAGAGUGAAGGGGGGAUCCCCUCCAGUCACAAACUCUUUUUUAGACCCAAGCUCUGUACCUGAAGACUCUGAACAGGACCAGGUGGCAGAGAAAAAGAAAAGGGGGGAGGGGGAGGAUGAAGCUGGGAAGAAGGAGGAGGAGAAAAGAGGAGCGGGGAGGAAGAGGGAAGGAGACAAGGGGGCCGUUCUGGAGUUGCUCAUAGAGGGGCGCUGUGGAAGUGCAGGGCAGCAGCAACUUCAGAUUUCUGGGAGAGAUACCAGCUGCCCUGAGGGGAACGUACGACUCCGGAUUGGACUCCAGGCCAAACGUACCAAGAAACCGCCCAAGAUUCUAGAGAGCUACGUCUGCAAGCCCACCAUCAGGACCUAUCAGAGGCAAGGCAGGGGGGGGCCGCUGAAGGGGGAUGGUGAGGGGGGAGUGGGCCAGCAGAGCAAGAGCAGCGCCGCCACGGACGAGGCAACCAGAGAGCAGCGCUCAGGCUUGGAUGCGGUCCAGGCCACAUCCAAACAAAGUACAUCUGCUGCUUCACCGCCGCUUGCAUCAUCAUCGUCUUCGUCAUCACAGCCGCCGUCGUUACCACCAACAUUUACGACAGCUUCCACCCAUGCGCCGGUCCCCGCCGUGUCCAGCCAGGGGGCGAAGUCUGCCAAGCAGGUUCCGAUCAAACUGGCCGAUAAGACAGAAGUGAGUUCCAUUGAGAGAGUGAAGAAAGAGAGGCUUCCCAAUGUCGGUGGCCAGCCUGUCACUGCAGGCCACAAACCCUGCUCUCCCACAGCAGACCGACCAGCUUCAACAGCUCCUUCCGCGCAAUACGUCCAGACACACUCUGAAUCAGAGACCAGGAAUGAAGGAAACACAUCCAAGAAACACAAUGGUUUGGUGCAGACGACGAGACAGAAGGGACUAUCGAAUGGGAAAAGCUCGCCUGACGUCCUUGGUUCUUCAAAACUCCGACUUGUAAAACACAGCAGUUCCUCCGCUUUCUCUUCCUCAGAUAGCUCAACAAGACAUCCUGCCUCCAGCGCAGGGAAAGAACUGACUGUCUCUGAUAAGCCGAGGCCAGGGUCUCCUUCCUCAACCUCAUCUGCCCCCAAACCGCUGUCCUCCUCAGCUCUGGAUGUCUCAUCCCAAUCCCAAGUCCAGGAUUCCUCUUCACGGCUCACGCUAGAAAAAAGGAGAGAGAAAGAAAAGAAAGCUAAGAAGGAGAAACGGAGAGACAAGAAUUCUAAGCGAGAUCAGUUGGAAAGAGCAAAGAGUGAAAGCAGAAAGGAGGAAGGCAAGAAGAAGAAAAAGGAGAAAGGAAAGGAUGGAAAAUCAAAGCACAGUAAAGAAAGGGCUGAAAGACACAGGACCCAGGAACUGAAGACUGAAAGAGGAAAGGCUGAAAGAAAGGCGGAUAAGCUCAGUCCAGACAGAAAAUGGACUGAGGACAACAGUGCAAAAUGUGCUGAAACAGUUGAUAGUGGUAAAGUGGAUAAAACCUGUAAAGUAGCAAAUCCAGACCGACCAGAAGAGAAAGACAAGACAGAUAACAGUUGCAAGCCAGCUAAACACGCUGAGCCAGCAAUAACAGGUGACACCAGUAAAUCAAAAGAACAAGACAACCCCAGACAUUCAACUGUGCCUCCAAGCCACCCCUCUGCUCCCGCUCCUCCUUCUCUGCCCACUCUUACUGGCCGUGCCGCUGUUUCUCCCCCUUCUUCGCCCCAAGAGCAGGACAGCCGACCGCUUAAGAAACGUAAAGCCAGACGCCCCAGCUGGACUAAGCUGGUGCACCGGGCUCAGAGGGCAGAAAAUCAGGAAGCCCCUUCAGAUUCCCAGCAUAAUCCUUUACCAAACUUUUCCCAGAACCCCAAGGCACCUCUUCCUGCCAAGGCCACUACUCAGCAGACUGAUGAAUCAAACCCAGAUCCAUCAAAUUCCUUAACCAGCAGUUCCCCUACUUCUUCUACUGCAACCAAACCUCCAUCUCCAAAGCAGAGCCACUCCACGUCAGACCCGGGUCCCUGUGCGAGCAGAUGUUCCGUAACGCCUGCUCGAAAAAGGGGCCGCCCCAAAUCCCAGGGCUCUAGUUUAGACGAACCUCCCCCUAGACUUUCACCAAAUGUUUUGCCAACUGAGGUGCCUCCUCCAGGGUGUGACGGAGUUCAGAAAGCCCCUGUGAUUGAGCCAAGCCCAAAGCUACAGUGCGUGGAGCAGCCUCGGCCCAGCCCCAAGAAGCGCGGCCGUCCUCCCAAACGGCCGCUCCCCGAGGACCGGGAUGCACUGACUCGCACUGAAAACGCACACAGGAAUAAAGAUUUCCAUCCUCCUGUAAAAGGGAGCAGGCAGCUAAAGAUCAGGAGGCUGAUUAAUGAGAUGAAGAAGAGAAAGAGGAGGAGACUUCACAAGGUAAUGCUCUCUGGGUACGUAGGAAAGGAGGGAAGGGGCAGCGAGGCGGCAGAUGGCGAGACAUCUCUAAGAAUGUGUAAAUCGAUAGAGACUACAACAGUACACACACUCUCAGCCCUGUCCUCCUCCUUUGGGAGUAAGCUGGGCCCUCAGAUUAAUGUGAGCAAGAGAGGGACCAUCUACAUGGGCAAGAGGCGCGGGCGCAAGCCUAAAGCCCAAACAGCCAACCUCAACACCCAAACCUCCACUCAGUCCCUUUUCACCAACCCCUCGGAGACGUCUCUGUUCUCGUCCCACCAUCCUCACCCUCAGCCAUCUCACCCUUUUCCCUCCCCGUCGCUCACCCACUCGAGCGGGGCCCAGAGUCCUUACAGUGAGGGCAGCUUCACAGACCCCGCCCCUUCGCUCCUCUUCCCUCCCCCCUUCUCUCUCCCUUCCCCGUCGUCGUCCUGCACAUCUCCGCGUCCUCCCUCCUCCUCCUCCCUCUCGUCCUUCGUUAGGAAGAGUUGUCCGUGUCAGGGAAGGCAUCACUUCCCCUUUCACCAGUCCUUGUGCAAGCUUUCCUGUCCCACCCCCCCACUUCAUCACACGCCUGGCUCUCCGGGCCACCUGAAGGAGGCCACCCCAUCCCCCCGCAGUGAGUCGCACAGCGAAGAAACACUGCCCAGCGACAGCGGCAUUGGCACCGAUAACAACAGUGUUUCUGAGCGAGGGGAGUUGAGAGGAGCCCGAGACAUGCUGAGGUUGGGUCAGGGCUCAGCCGUGAUGCUUGGGGGUCAUAGACUGCCCUCCUCUCACGUAGACCGCCCAUCUCCAGUCUCCUCACCCCUCUCUCAUAUGCCCAGACUCACCAAUCCUCUCAGCAACUCCACGCCUGUGGAGCGACACAGGGACCGGCACCGCCACAGACGGAGGGACUACGACUGCCCGUCUUCCUGCGCCUGCGUGUGCCCCUGUUCCUGCCCUGGACACAAGCCCUGCGCUGGUCCCGACUACUACCCCUGCCACGCGCACGCCGCCCCGAAGAGGCCGAAAAAUAAACACAAGAAGAAGCACCAGCAGCUGCACAUGCAGGAUCCCGAGUUCCUGGCUGAGCUAGAGGAUUUGAUUGGUCAGUUCAGCGAGGUUCAUAUCGGACGGCGGAGCUGGGUGAGAACAGGACUGGGGCAGAGCUUUGAUGGUGUGACUGGAAAUGUUGCCGGAGGAAGGCGCCAUCAUUCCUCCUCCCAUUCUCACCGCUCCAACAUCUUCAGGAUAAACCUGAAUGGCUUCUACUCUCCUCACCCGCCAUCCUAUCCCGCCAAUCCCUCCUUCCCCCCUCAGUCUUUCUACCCAUGCCAGCCAGUGCAUUGCAACCGAAAGCCGGAUCGCAGGCAGUGUGGUUGCCCGUCAAAGUUCCAGGAGACCAUUGAAAACAUGGGCUUUUACAGCAGCUAUCCAUCAGCCACGUCACUCUACCACCACCUCCCUAGCUCCUACGCACUUCCAUCCCCUCACCAGUAUGCCCCCCAUCAGCCCCACCACGCCCACUUCCUCCUCAACCCUGCCAGGUUCCACAGGCGGAGGAGCAGGUUGCUGAGAGAAGGGGCUCUAGGAGGAGAAGCAGAGGGAGACAUGGGAGUAGGAAGUUUAGGAGGCCCACAUCUGAGCUCAGGGUUCACGUCCAGCUUCUCUUGUGGCUGUGGGAGGAGCGAACACAAGCAUAAGCAUAAACACCGACACCGGCACUGCGAACGGGAACUGGACGACGACGAGGAGUUACAAGAGGAAGAGGAAGAAGACAGCUUAGAGCGAGAGGGCUUAGCCAGCUCAAAAUCAAGGUCAGGGUUAGUUUUGGGGCAAGGAGACGCAGGAAGGAUAGGGACAAGAGGACUGGGUCGCAUGCUGUCUAAAGAAUCACCUUGGUUAUGUGAAAAUGGAAAUGAAUCCUUUUCCUCUGUUGCUGCUGCCACAUCAUCAUCGUCCUCCUCAGAGAGGUACAAACACACAUCACUCACCUCACUGGGGCUGGGCUCCUCUCACUUGUCUUCAUUCGGAGGAGGGUGGGGGGCCCUGGGCCAGAGCUGGACGAAGUUUGGGGCUCUGGGGGGGACGGGAUAUGGAAACUCCACCUGGAGAUGCUUUCCCACAGAGCAACGUGCGGGAAAGUCGAUCGCCUCGGACGGAGAGGACGAAGACGGCGAGGACGGCGAAGAGUCACACCUGUACAGGACUUCCUCGUCUCCAACGCACACCAACCUCUUCACAUCUGCUGCCAUGGCAACGGGGGGGAGGGGUCUGAGGAGCGGACUAGCCAGUAGGAAUUCAAGGAGCGGUGACAGGUCAUGGAGGAGAGCCGGGCCAGCGUGGACAGAGAGGAGAGAAGGUUUACAAGGUGACUCAAGAAGCCAGGGGCAGCAGAGGAGCUUGCCAACUCCUGACAGCGCGGCGGUGAAAAACAAAAGGAGGCCGGGACGGCCCAGGAAGCACCCACUGCCUUCCACUGCAUCCUCCCCCACACUGCCUCCCUCCACAGCUCCCUCCAUGUCAUCACCCAGCCUCUUGCCAGGACACACCCACUACAGAGACGAGAGAGACGUGGGAGGCGGAAAAGACGAAAGAGGGCCGGAGAGAGACCGAGGAGGUGACGCAACAGUGCAGCAGGUGUCAGAGUCGGAGCUGCAGGCCAAAAGGAAGCGAGGACGGAAAAGAAAACAUGGUGACUCCCCUUGUCAUCAGAGUGUCGCCGUGGACAAACCCGAGCGUGACACCGCCGCUGAAUGUUUUAGCCAAUCACACGUGGACCAGGCUCCAUCCCAACCAGUAUCCAUCCAAAGAGAGGAGAGAGCCGACGAUCCUCCCAGGAAGACGUUUCUGAGGGCAGGUCUUUACUCUGACGAUUACAAGACUACAGAUCCUCCCUUGCAGGCCCAGCAUAUGGAGUACACACCUGGAGAGCAUGAGUACUCCCUCCUACCUGCUCCAAUUCAUGUUGGGAAGUAUCUGAGGCUCAAGCGCAUUCACUUCCAGUUGCCCUAUGAUGUCAUGUGGCUGUGGCAGCACAACCAGCUCCACAGGCAGCCUGCCGUACCUCUGAAGAGGAAGCGGCAUUACUGUCGGCUGAAGGAACGCACUGUGUUCUCUCACCAGACAGCCGAGGUGAACUCCAGCGACAUCACGAGCCUGUUCCCUCACCUCGACAUAGAGCCUUUGUCCAGCAGUGAGAGGAGCUUUGUGGUGAAACACCACGUGUUCCUUGUGAGGAACUGGGAGCUGGUGAGAGACCGACAGAUCCGGCUGAGGAUCGAGAGGGAGAGAGAGAGAGAUGCGGAAGAGGAGGAGAGGGGCUCGCGACGUCCGUCGUCCUGUGAUGGAGCCAAUGGGGACAACAGCCACAUCAAGUCAGAUCACUCAGUGGGGGUGGAGGUGACGGUUAUCAGCAGUGACCCCCUCCACCAGUGUCAGGACACCUCCAGCUCGCUCACUGCCAGCCCCUGUCCCACAAAAACCCAGAACGGAGAAGAGGAGGAGGGAGAGGAAGAAAACCGAGGGGAAGAAGAGGCCUGCAGCAGAGAGCAGAGGAGGAAACGGCUGAAUGAUUUACUUUUGACCCUGCAGCAUUCAUAAGCUAAUAAAGAGGUGGUACCACUCUGAAAAGGGACCAGGCCCACCACCGGACAGAAGCUGAUGUCACAACACUGCUAUUAACAGUAGUAGUGCCUCAGAGAACACGUGAGAAAACGAGACGAGAGCUGGAAAAUUAUAACGACUGAAAACGCAAGAGAGAGACAUCUCACACGCUGACAGAUGAGUGUGUUGAACCUAGCGCUCUAAAGGCCAUCACACCAAGGAUGAAACCAUGGCAACACAUCUUUUGAUCGGAACGGCGAGGGAUGAAAGAAACAGAACCAGACUGUCCCAGAAGAAAAAGAGAAACCGACCAGCUCAAAUGAAUUUGCACUAGUGCUGGAUGAUCAAGCACACUAAAGAUUGUAUGACACAUACACUUUGAUUGCUCUAACUUCAGCACCUUACGCAAAUGAGAGACAGAAACGGCUUGGAGAUUGGAAGUGGACGUAUAUGGUACUCAGUAUUUCAGCUCGGAAGUUUCCAAGAGACGUGGAGCUCACAAGCUGCCCGGGGGGAAUAAAAAUGUAGCCUGGGCCCUAAGUAGGUCAAAACUGAACCCACAUUUACUCGUUAAGCUUUCAAAGUCACUUUGCACCUUUGGGAAAUGACACGAGGAGAAGCGAGCCGGUUAAAAGCUGUUGAGACAGUGUUAGGGUUUUUCUUCACUUUACCAAGACAGUGUCUGCUAUGUACCAGUGAAUCGGCAGAGGAGGGGGUGGGCUUAGUGACAGGAAUUUUGGCAUCGCUGCAAGAGAAUUUCUAAUGAGCUUUUAAGAAAGAAGUUAUUUUUUAAAAAAGAAAGCUUGAUUACGCUCGGCUAAAGAGAUGGACAAAAUAUAUUCAUGAUUAUUGUUGACUAUUUUCAGUAUUGCUUCCUGGGGAACGGAGGGGACAGGGGUAGAGGGUGUUUUUGUUUACUUCAGGCUGCCUUGGAGAAAGUUUUGCUCUUUGCUUCAGAGCAUUGACAAUCAGAAUGUCCUCGGGGGGGAGAAGGGAAAAGUAGAGAAUAAGAAGUUGAACCGAUUUGCCCCAAAUGCUCUGUAGAAGUGCCAUGUUGUCUUGUGUAUGUACCUAAGCGAACUCAUGCAGUCUUUAAAGCAAUAUCUCUGAUAAGGACUAUAUAAGGACUUCCUUUGUUAGUUUUUUUAAGUUAUGAAUAUUUGAGGAUUGGAGGUCGUUUUUGUGUACAGAUGCAUAGUUGAUUGUUCUCAUCGUAGGAGCAACGGAUUAAUCCACGUAGUGGAACCAUAAGCGUUUAGUUUCAUGUGAAUGUACAUAAAAAGACCUGUUUUCCUUCUGUCGGUAGUAGUGUGAUAAAGUAGUAUUCCACAUGACAAUACUAUUGGGACUAUACAGAAAAAGCUAAUAUUCAAAUCUAGAUUUCAUUUAACGACUAUGUUUUUAACUAGUUACAGCUGACCAAUGUACCAGGCAUUUCUCUCUACAGUUGACAUGAUUGUAUAUGACUUGUUUUGUAGAAUUACAUAAUUUGCCUCUUUUUUGGUCAGACAAUCAGUGAAAGUGAAUUUGUUUUUCCAGUGUUACAUCUCUUCUCUCUCUUCAGUAGUGUGGCUUUUCAUACCAAGCCAAGAAAGUGCAAUUUCUUUCACUGUUUACAUACUCUAUGUAUAUUUUUCCUGUUCCUUUUUUAACUAAGAGCACUACAUUAUUGCCAGUGGAUGAUUAACUUUAUAGCAAAGGUACAUAUAAAGACUUAUUUAUCUAGUUUGCAUGACAUGUAACCUUUGCCUGUUGCCUCUGAUAUUGUGCAUCUGAAAUACAAAAACAUCAAAAACAGGUAUAAUUCAAUGCCAUAGAAUGUCAGCUCAACAUUUUUGCCUCUAUAUCCAUAAUAAUAAAAGCAUUUUAUGUCUCCAGA